CCACAUCAUCCACUUCACCUUCCUUCUUUCUCAUCUCUCUCCCUCAAAAUCUCUCUCUCUCUCUCUGAAUCUCUCUCGUUGCACAGACAGCAAACAAAACAAAGCUUGAAGAUGAGAAACGUGAACAACCCAUAAGCUAGCGAAAUAUGUCUCCUCAUAGUACCCCUCUAUACCCCCACUAUUCUCAAUUCUUCUCCACCACUCUCCCCACCUCCUCCCUCAUCGGCGCUAACCACACCUCCGCUCGCUUCUGCUCCCGUUAGUCUCUCUCCAUCUCUCUCCCAAAUCUCUCCCACUCUCUCCCAAAUCUCUCUCUCUCUCUCUCAUACAUACAAAACACACACACUAACUAUACAUACAUACAUACAUAUUUAGAUUAGAUUUAGACAAAAUGGACCAUCAUCACAAACCGAGCCACCUCCGGAACAUCCUAGGCAAGCUCCUGUUAUUCAGCCUCGUAUUCAUCGUACUCCGCUUCGCCUACGUCGUCACAAUCCACGGCGAAACCUGCGACUCAACGGACUUCUGUUUCUUCUCCUCCCCGGACUCUAACAACCCCAACGACCUCAUAACCACCACCAAGGUGGGCCCCACAUCCACCUCAUCAUCAAUAAUCAUCAAUCCCACGAGCAUCAAAUCCUCACCGUCCAAACCCUCCCAUCAAAAUCCCACCGUCCAAUUCCACUCCUCCAUCUUCCAGGACCUCAUCGUCAACGGUCAUCUCUCUCCCUCCUCCAAAUCUCUCUGCAUCCACUCUCCCUCUCUCUCCGGCGCUGACGUCAUCGUCGCGUUGAAACAGAUCGGCGUCUCCGACGUUUCCGGGAUCCCCAAGAAACCCAACAAGCCGCUGGUGAUCUCGUUCAAGGACAACACGUUUGAUUUCAUAUUCGUCGGCGCCGAUGUUCUUGAUUUUCCGGCGAAUCUUGCCGUCGAGGUGGCGAGGACGCUUAAGCCCGAAGGGCAUUUUGUGGUCCACACGUUUUCGAAAGAUGAGUAUAGUUUCAAUUCUUUUAUUGGUUUAUUUAAUUGCUGUAAAUUUAUACAAUCUCGAGAAAUCGAGGUUCUUGAUUCGCGGAAAAUUGUUCGCGAAAUCGUCAUGAAAAAGGAAAUUGAAUAUAUUCGCCAACGGGUCGAAUAUGAUGAUAAUAAGGAAUGUUUAGUUCCAGGGUAUAAGCAAGAAUUGAUUAAGAAAGCAGAGGGUUUGAUUUUAGAGGAGCCAUUGAAGCCUUGGAUUACAUUGAAGAGAAAUCUUGAGAACAUCAAGUAUUUGUCUUCGAUGGUUGAUAUUAAUUUUAAAUAUCGGUAUGUUUAUGUCGAUGUGGGGGCUCGGAGUUAUGGAUCCAGUGUUGUUAGUUGGUUUAAGAAGCAGUAUCCGAAACAGAAUAAGACUUUUGACAUUUAUGCAAUUGAGGCUGACAAGACUUUUCAUGAUCAGUAUACGAAUAAGAAAGGGGUUACAUUGUUGCCUUAUGCGGCUUGGGUGAGAAAUGAGAGCUUGUUCUUUGAAAUUAAUGAGGACCCGGGUGGUCAGAAAGACGUGGUGAAAGGGAGAGGUAUGGGACGGAUUAAGCCUAUUCAGAGCUCGGGUAAUGAUGUUUCGGAUGUUGAUAAGAUUCAAGGCUUUGAUUUUGCGGAUUGGCUGAAGAGUACGGUGACUGAGAAGGAUUUUGUUGUGAUGAAGAUGGAUGUGGAAGGGACUGAAUUUGAUUUGAUCCCUAGGUUGUUUGAGACAGGAGCCAUUUGUUUGAUAGACGAGAUCUUUCUCGAGUGCCAUUACAAUAGGUGGCAAAAAUGCUGUCCUGGCGAGAGGUCUCCCAAGUAUGAGAAAACAUACGAGCAGUGCUUAGACUUGUUCACCUCUCUCAGACAAAGAGGAGUUCUUGUUCAUCAAUGGUGGUAAAUGGUAACACGUACAUUUCUUUUCUGUAUGUCUCUUUGAACUUACCAAAUGAAAAUGUAAUUGAUUUAAAUUUACUCGUCUGAUCAUUAUCCCCCUUGUAAUACGGUUAGCUCUAUACUCUUAAGUUGUCCCUCGAAUCAAUCAAUCAAAGGAGACAUUCAUUAUCA